AAUGAUAGAAAUACUGAGAAAAUUGUAGCCGCCUCUGAAAACCAACAACUCUGAGUCUCUGAUUCACCAGCUCCCAUUAGAAAACUAAUAUUUCAAGCACAGGUAGUGGAUACGUACAUACUGAACUUGUCAUGGAGCAUAUUAAUCUAUAAUAUUUUAUCUUUUUUAGCUCACGACCUAAUCAAAGAUAUUUGACAAACUAGUCAUUAAGAAUGUUUCAACCAAUCAAAUACUUAUCUAAUCCUGAAAUCUGUAAAAUACACAUAAAUUGCCUCGUCCUAUAAAUACCUAGCUUCCCAUGCUGCAAAAUCAUCAACUCUCACAAACACUCUCUUACAUUUCACACUAAUUACAAGUUACGAACAAAAAUGAAGGUUGUUCAGUUCCUUGUAGUUCUAUUGGCUUUGGCAUCCUCCGUUGCCUUUGCUUAUGAUCCAAGCCCUCUGCAAGACUUCUGUGUGGCUAUCAAUGAUACCAAAACCGGUGGUAUAUAUGGCGUGUUCGUGAAUGGAAAAUUUUGCAAGGAUCCAAAGCUUGCUAAUGCUGACGAUUUCUUCUAUCGUGGGUUGGGAGCCGGUGACACUGCUAACCCGUUAGGUUCAAAGGUGACAGCAGUGACUGUUAAUGAAAUAUUAGGUUUGAACACACUUGGCAUAUCGUUGGCUCGCAUAGAUUUUGCACCCAAGGGUUUGAACCCUCCCCACACUCACCCUCGAGGAACAGAGAUUCUUGUAGUCUUGGAAGGUACCCUUUACGUUGGCUUUGUCGCGUCCAACCAGAACGACAACAGGUUAUUCACCAAAGUGUUGAACAAAGGUGAUGUGUUUGUUUUUCCCAUCGGUCUGAUUCACUUCCAGCAAAACGUUGGUUAUGGAAAUGCUGUGGCCAUUGCUGCUCUUAGUAGCCAAAACCCGGGUGUUAUCACUAUUGCAAAUGCUGUCUUUGGAUCUAAACCUCCCAUCUCCGAUGAUGUUCUCGCCAAAGCUUUUCAAGUUGACGUAAAGAUUAUCGACUACCUUCAGAGGCAAUUCUGGUACAACAAUAGCUAGAGUGUGGGAAAAUGAACCACUAUCGUUAUCUUACCUUCCUCGGACCUUACAUAAAUGAUUUUCUAAAUGUGUAGCUUUUCAUGCAAAAGUCUCUCAAUCAGUUACAACAGUAUUAAAUAAAAUGCAUGUAGCUAUAUAUUAUGUCUGUAACAAAGCUGUUUUGUGUGCAUUUCAACCUUAAUACACCAAUAAAAGACGGUAACGACGCUGCUCUUCUUUAUUUUUAA